AUGGACGAGGAAGCGGUGCGCACUCUGCUGGCUGAAGGCAACAUCGACGGCCUUGUUCAGCACUGCACCGACAUUGAACUGGACGAGAAGAGCUCACCAAAAGGCGUGGCGCCAGGCAACGUUUACUUGGUCCUGCUCCUGGCCCACCUCAUUCAACAUGAUCUGAGUUCCGCACGGUUCUUGUGGAAGAGAAUACCCCAAAGCGUCAAGCAGGAGUGCCCCGAGUUGAUUGCUGCGUGGCAGAUUGGACAGGCGUUGUGGAAAGGCAUCUCGCCCAGAGAUGCGCUCACAGCAUACUCCUGGAAUCCACUCGCCACAGCGCUCGUCGCAGAGCUCAAAGAGGCGAUUGUGACGCGGGCAUUCAAGAAGAUGACCAAGGCAUAUGCUACAGUGGACAUGGACACAGUCUUGAGGAGCACCGGCAUGUCGGAGGCAGAGUGCAUCAAACAUGCAACGACGGUGAUGCAGUGGGAGUAUGAUGCACAGGCACGCGCGUUCACCGUGAAACGGGAAGAAGAGGGGACAGAUAGCAAGGCAACAGGAGCAGCAACCCUGCUCACAGACAGCGGACUGGCCGCCCUCACAGAGACGGUCGUCGCACUCGAGGCGUGA